AUGCUCUUGGGAGCGAUCGAUCAAGGCACCUCAUCGUCGCGUUUUCUCCUUUUCGAUGCUGACAAUGGGGAUCUUUUAGCGAGUCAUCAGAUCGAAGUUCGUCAACUCUUUCCGCAUCCAGGAUGGGUGGAGAUGUGUCCGAAAGAGAUCUACGAGACAGUUCUUGAGUGUAUAAAAAAGGUAUCCGAAAAAAUGGUCGAGCAGAAAGUCGGGCUUGAUCGCCUCAAAUGCGUGGGAAUUGCUAAUCAGAGGGAAACAACCGUUGUAUGGGAUCGGGAAACGGGUGAACCCCUUCACAAUGCGAUUGUUUGGUUGGAUACGAGAACGUCGGCUCUAGCUGAUGAAGCUAUUCAGAAAACGGAAUCAAAAUCUAAAGAACAUUUCAAAGCGAAAACUGGUCUUCCGAUUCAUCCAUAUUUCUCUGUUUUAAAGCUCCAAUGGCUUUUGAGGAAUGUGCCUGAAGUGGAAGAGGCGAGGAAGAAAGGAACGUUAAUGUUCGGCACGGUGGAUUGUUGGCUUUUAUGGAAAUUGUGCGGGAUUCACGCGACCGAUGUGACGAAUGCGAGUCGGACAAUGAUGUUCGAUUUACAUAAACGCAAAUGGUCCUCGGAGCUGGCGAACUUUUUCGAGAUCCCGAUGGAGAUUCUCCCCAAAAUACGCUCAAGUGCCGAGGUUUACGGGGAAUUUUUGGGAGGCCCUCUAAAAGGCAUUCCGAUUUCCGGAUGUUUGGGUGAUCAACAAGCGGCAAUGGUUGGACAUGGGUGCUUGCAAAAGGGUGACACGAAAAACACGUAUGGAACCGGGACUUUCAUGUUGUCGAACAUCGGAAGUCAACCAUUGAUCAGCAAGAAUGGUUUGCUGACAACUGUCGGUUAUCAAUUCGGUUCCGAUUGCGUGAUCUACGCGCUCGAGGGCUCGGGGAGCAUCGGUGGAAAUGUGAUUCGCUUCUUGAGAGACAAUUUUGGAUUCAUUAAGGAUUCCUCGGAAGUGGAAGCCCUUUGUCGAUCAAUCACCUCGACUGAGGGAGUGAUUUUUGUGCCAGCAUUCACCGGUCUCUAUACCCCAUAUUGGGAUCCGACGGCUAGAGGAACGAUCUGCGGCUUGACGCAAAUCGCGAACCGAGCUCAUAUCACAUUGGCCGCUUUGCGAGCCGUUUGUUUCCAGAGUGCCGAAAUGUUAGAGGCGGUCGAACAAGAUAUGGAAGAUACAAAGAUUACGGCUAUUAAAGUGGAUGGCGGUAUGACGUCAAACAUUCUCUUCAACGAAUUACAAGCGGAUAUAAUGGGAAGACGGAUUGACACGCCGAGCGUUCACGAGGUCUCGGGCUGGGGAGCUGCAAUGGCGGCUGGGAUUGGCAUAGGAUUGAUGAAACCCGAGAAUCUUUCCGAGAAACAAGCGUCUCAGGUUCGUUCCUAUUCUCCCCGAAUCUCGGACUCAGAGCGCCACCACGAGUUGCAUCGAUGGAAAGAUGCAGUUAAACGGGCUUGUGGAUGGGCGAUUGAUGAGAAA